UAGUAUACCACCUUUUUUGUGCACGCUCAUAGUGAUAGCCAUUAAACAUGACCACAAUCCCCCUCCUCAGAAAUAAGUAGUAGGUAGAGAGAGAUGGAUAGUGGGACUGGGUGCUACUCCUUCUUCAAGAUCAUUUUAACUUGUCAAGAAAUGCAAAUUCCUCCAGCGUUUGUUCCGAAAAUACAAAGAGCUUUAGCGCAGGGAUUCGUCCUGAGAGAUCGGUAUGGAAACUUAUGGGAGAUGGGGGUGGCUACAAGUAGUGGAGAUAAGUGGUAUUUUAGGAAGGAGGAUUGGCCACAAUUUUGUGAAGAGAAUUCAUUGGAGAUGGGGGACUUUGUGGUCUUCAACUAUAAGGGUAACAACUUGUUCGAUUUCCUACUCUUUGGAAACGAUGCUUGUGAAAAGAAAGGUGUAGGAGCUCUCAAGUUUAGAGUUAAAGAGGAGGAGGUGGACGACAACCAAGAACAUGAUGAACACGACGAUGAAUAUGUGCAAGAGGAGGAGAGUGGAGAACAUGAUGAUGACGAUGAUGAUUAUGUGGAAGAGGAGGAGAGCGGAGAACAUGAUGAUGACGAUGAUGAUUAUGUGGAAGAGGAGGAGGAAGAUGAGCGAGUUACAAGUAUUUCCAAGAAAGUUAAAAGCAAACUCCAAGUCAAAAUCUUGUUGUGCACUGGAGAAGAACACGAGCGAAGACCGUACAUUUGGUACUGAAAGUAUGCCUAGUAAAAGAAGAUACGAAAAGAAGAACAUUCCAGAUUCUUACGGUGCUGACAUCUUCGAAUCAGGGCUGGCUCUGCGGCCCAGAAAUCCAUUUUUUGUGUCGAGAUCAAGAUUGUCGAGACGGAAGAAUGAGUUGUACAUCCCGAAAGAUGUAAUCACAGACUAUGAUCUGAAGAUCCCAGAGAAGUUGUUGGUGGUGGAUGAACAAGGAAGGAAAUGGGAAACCAAGAUGAAGCAGUGGAAGGAUGGACGGUUGUGGUGCACCAGAGGCUGGAGAAGCCUUUGCAAUGUGAACUGUAUUGGUAAGGACGACACUUGCAUUUGCGAAUUCGUGCAGGAUCAAAUAGGCUGUAAGAACGUCCUCCAUAUACUCGUCCAUGUUUUAGACAAAUGAACGUUUUGAUCUUUAAUCUCGUGUGUGUUUGACAUAAUUGUUGUCCGUAUUUUGAUUGUUAAUUUGUUCGGCGAUGUGAAUUUCUGUGAACUAAGAACACGAUGCAUCUGCCUCCAAUUCUACCACAAUUUUAUUUUCUUAAAGCAUAUAUAUGAUUCAUAAAAUAAUAUUUGGUGUGUGCAAGAGAUAGUACGAGAAUAAUAAUGAGGACAGCUGCUAACUCCAAUCAUUCAUCGCACUCCCAACAAUAACGCUUUUGGAAUUAUACAUAUAGUCUCUGGACCACAA